AUGGAGUCUAUCGUAUCCCAAGUCGAAGUCCUGGCAGCUGAUACAAACGAGCUUGGCCGCCAAACCAUCCAACGCUCCCUCCGCGACCUUCAAUACUCCCUCGAAACCCCCUAUGAUACCGCCGUGCGCUUUACUGGCCUCCACCUCCAAGUCGCCAUGAUCAAAGUCGGCGUCGAUCUCGAACUCUUCACUAUAUUGACCAGGAGCAUCACGCCUGUAACUGUCUCUGAGUUCGCCGAAAAGACCUCCGCGUCACCUGAUCUUCUUCGCCGUGUCCUCCGAUACCUCGCCUCCACGGGCACGAUCACUGAAACCGCCACCGACACCUUCGCACCUAACUCUGUUACUCGCGCCUUAGACCAGCCCGUGCUCAAUGGCGGCAUCAACCACCUCUUCAACACCAUGGGCCCCGCCAUCCAAGCCACCCCAGACUUCCUCAAAGAAACCAAGUACCAAAAUAUAACGUCGAACACGAACACGCCCUUCCAGAAGGCUUUCAACACAGACCUCGCCUGCUUCGACUGGUUUCACUCCCACCCCAAAGAGUUCGAGUGGUUACAUCAGGCUAUGCGGCUGCACCGAGGCGUGAGUUGGCUAGAUGUCUUCCCAUUAGAGAAAGAGUUGGAAGCAUGGGACGAGCCCGAAAAGGCGGUAUUCGUCGAUGUAGGCGGUGGGCUAGGGCAGCAAAUCGUCGCGCUCAAGGAAAAGUACCCCGCGGUUGCGGAGAAGGGAAAGCUCGUGCUCCAGGACCUCCCAGAGACUAUUGCGCACGUCAAGGCGAUUGGGAAGGGACUUGAGGGCAUUGAGCUCAUGGCGCAGGACUUCCAUACCCCGCAGACGAUCAAGGGGGCAAGGAUUUACUAUCUCAGGAAUAUUUUGCACGAUUACCCGGAUGAUAUUUGUGUCAAGAUUCUGGAGAAUGUUAAGCAUGCGAUGGGCCCGGAGAGUGUAGUUCUCGUGGACGACUGUGUGCUGGAGGAUACGGGGGUGCCGUGGCAGGCAGCGGUCAUGGAUUUGGCUAUGAUGACGCAUUUAGGAGCGUUGGAGAGGACGAGGGGGCAAUGGGAUGAACUGUUUGCUGAGGCGGGACUGAAGAUUAGGGAGGCUGUGGUAUACAAUGGGACGAUGUGUCAGGCAGUCAGUGUGGUGGUCAAGAAAUAGGGGGAUGGAAUUGUAGGAGGUCGGAGGUGGAUGGCAGCGAUGUACGAAUAUACCCAACUCUCUUCUCACGUAUACUAUAUAAGCAGAUCGAUC